GCAACGAGUUUUAUUGUGAAAGCAAAUGGAAAACUUCAACCGUAUUGGAUGUCAAUGCUUCGAGUGUGGCUUGAAUCUUUGCAAAAGGCCUUCGAGAAAGAUGUAGCAAAUGGUUCUCUAGAUCCACUAACAGGGCAAGCAAUAAAAGGAAAGCCCAAACCAGCUCCAGAAUCGCUGAUCGCACGACGCCUGAUCUGCUCCUAUGGACGCACGUACAAUUGCACUGGCAGAGUCGGCCACGUAAAAAUGGUCGAAAAUGGCAUAAUUAGACCGGAAAGCUUCUACAAUUACUUGACUGCGUGGUACAAUGUGGACAACAUGAUGUACUACGUAUCACAGGCUUCGUUCCAGCCUACACCACCGUUUUGGCAAAUGGGACCGCAAGAGAAGGUCGUACCGCCAGCUCGUCCAUUACUCUACUGUCAGAUACCAUUCUACCAGACGAAUCUUACCGAUACACCUGUCACAGUAAACAUGAUUGAGGAAGUCCGUGCUGUUUGUGAUCUUUACACGAGCAAAGGUCUUCCAAACUUCCCCAACGGUCUCGCUUUCACGUUUUGGGAACAAUAUCUCUUCUUGAGAUGGAAUCUCUUCUGUGCUAUCUGUAUUAUCGCAUUUGCCGUAUUCGCAGUAAUCUCGUUGCUGAUGUUCAAUCCAUGGGCAGCUGCUAUGGUAAUGUGA